AUGUCCACACACACUCUCCCUGAUCUCCCAUACUCCUAUGAUGCUCUCGAGCCUUUCAUUUCGAGGCAGAUCAUGGAGCUUCAUCACAAGAAGCAUCAUCAAACCUAUGUGAACGCUCUCAUUGCUGCUGAGGCUAGCUACGCAAAAAGUUCUACCCCCAGAGAGCGCAUCGCCCUCCAGGCAGCACUCAAGUUCAACGGUGGUGGUCAUAUCAACCACUCUUUGUUCUGGAAGAACCUAGCGCCUGCCUCCAGUGAGGGCAAGGGUAAUGGUGGUUCCUUGAAGGCUGGUCCUCUUAAGGACGCCAUCGAGCAGACCUUCGGGUCGCUCGAUGCGCUCAAGAAGGAGUUCAAUGCCACCACCGCUGGUAUUCAAGGUUCCGGAUGGGGCUGGCUCGGUUUGAACCCCACCACCAAGCGCCUCGAGGUCACCACGACUGCAAACCAGGACCCGCUUCUGACGCACAUCCCUAUCAUUGGGGUUGAUAUCUGGGAGCAUGCUUUCUACCUCCAGUAUCUCAACGUUAAGGUUGAUUAUCUGAAUGCCAUCUGGAGCGUUAUCAACUUCGAGGAGGCUGAAAAGAGGUUCACGGAGGGUCUUUCUUCUAGCAAGCUGUAA